UGGUGCGUGUGUAAAAACGUCUGCACGGAUCUGUACCCCAAUCACUGCUUCACUAGAAGCACUGAUUCACCAUCAUGACUCAGAUUUUAACAGCCCUGAAUUUUUGACAGUGCUUCCAUUUAAACAGUCAGAGCUGGUGGGCUGUUUUGUUUUUGAAGAAUGGGAAUAUUUCUGGUUUACAAAUAAUCUUUGGCAAUUGAUGUCUCCCCAAAGUGGUUGUGUGCUGGAUUUGAUCAACUGGGCCUAUCCAGGAACGCCCACCCAAAAUUUGCACACAUACCCCAGCUCAGGGUAGACAUUUUUCAGGUUAUGAUCAGGUCAGACUAAACCCCCAGCAUUUUUCACAAUGUGGUCUGGUUUUAUUUCAUUCACCAAUCAGGAAAAUUAUGUGCAAUCUCAUUCUCCAGGAAGAGAAUCUCAUUCUCCUGGUUAGGUCACUCUUGGUAUGACAGCCGCCAGCAGCCGCUGGGAGUGGAAGCCCGUGGUGCGCAGCGACCUUUUGGCUCGUGGCUUCCACUCGUGCAACGUGGUUCAAGGGCAGCUCCUGAUCUUCGGGGGCCUGAAGUCACCAGAGACCCAGGACCCGCCGCUCGGGGACAUCGUCGCCUUUGAGCCAGCGCUCCAGACGGUCCGGACGCUUGCGCCCGAAUGCGGAUACGGGCGAAGCCACCAUGAGGCCCUGGCCCUGGCUGACCGCUGGCUGUGCGUGGUCGGAGGCUGGGACGGCUCCCGCCGGGUCUCAGACGUGGGCGCCUUUGAUGCCGAGCGGGGCCAGUGGGAACGCUGGACGGAGGGGCCCUCCAACGAGGCCCCCGUGGGGCUGAGCAGCCACACCUGCACCAAGCUGACGGACCACGAGGCGCGGGUCGUGGGGCGCGAGGGCGGGCUGCGGACCCAGCGGCGCUACGCCAGCAUCUUCACGCUCCGUGUCAACCCCAGCGCCAAGACCUACUGGUACAAGGAAGAGGAAUCCCGCACGGCCUCACGGGCAGGACACUCCGCUAUGCUGCUGCAGGACACCAGCUCGAGUGGGAAAAGCAGCGGAUAUAAACUGGUGGUGUUUGGCGGGCGCGACUCUGCUGACUUUGAUGUGGCCGGACGGUGGGGGAAAGGGAAAAUCCACGUUGAUUCUGCCCACGCUCCCGGCCUGGUGGACCAGAUCUCCCGGCUGCUCAGCACCGAAAAGGGCUCCCAGCAGGCUCCCAAAGGCCUGCGGCACCAAUCCUGCACCGUAGUGGGGCCUUUCGCGGUCAUCUUUGGAGGAGAGACUUUAGCUAGAGGCAGAGAUGCCGUUUGCAACGACCUUUACAUCUACGACACAAGGUCUUCACCCGCAAACUGGUUCCGCUUUCCCGGUUCCAGCCGGGCCCAGAAGAGAGUCGGUCACCGCACCUGCCUCUGGAAUGACAAACUCUACCUCGCUGGAGGAUUCGGGGCUGACGGCAAGACGCCCUGCCCGGAGAUCUCCACCUUGGAGAUCGCCCCAUAAGGCCCCAAAGCUCUCGCUACGAGACUCCCGGCAGCAACCCUACAAGUGGGCAGGGCUAUCGGGGCUACCAAACUGCUCUCCGUUUGGCAGAGGAAUUUGCGCUCAUGAAAUAAAACACACCACCAGGCACCCA